AAGCAUACUCGGAUGUUGUUCUUAAUUUAUCGGCUCACCGCGUCGCGUUGAUCCUAUAGUGUGAAUCUCCAGAUUUCAAGAAUUUCUUUGUCAAUCUAUACCCAAUCAGACCUAGGGAUUCUUCAUCCUUGCCUCGUGUCAAUUCAAGCAAUGCCCGAAGAGAAGCAUUUUUACGAUGUGAACCAACAUCCUAAAGAACAACUCAUGACCUCCCACAGCUGUCCUUUCAUCCCCUUUCCCCAGUACCAGUCAUGACCGCAACUCCCGAUGGCGGAAGGACCUUGAACGACAGCAACUCCAACCUCGCUCUCACAAAGACCGAGAACUCUGCUACAGGGGAUCCAGAACUUCCACCUCAUGUCGAAAAGCAACCUCAAGCUCCACCGACCUUUCCCGAAGGUGGCCUCCAAGCGUGGCUAACAGUUCUUGGCGGGUCUAUGAUACUGUUUUGCACCUUCGGCACGGUCCAGUCAUUUGGUGUCUACCAGGCGUACUACUCGUCCCAAUACCUUUCAGAAUAUGUCGCCAGUGACAUCAGCUGGAUUGGUUCAGUACAGACCUUUUUGCUUUUUGCUGGAGGUUUACCCGCCGGAAAGCUCUUUGAUCAAGGAUACUUUCACCACUGCAUAGGAGCAGGGUCGCUUAUUUACCUAUUCUCGAUAUUCAUGCUAUCGCUUGCCAAACCACACCAAUACUACCAAAUAUUCUUGGCGCAAGGCAUUGGAAUGGGUAUCGGAAUGGGACUUUUAUUCCUGCCCGCAAUCUCCGUCACCUCUCAUUACUUCCGGCGGCGACGUGCUGCCGCAAUGGGAGUAGUCUUGGCUGGCUCGUCGCUCGGAGCAGUUAUCUACUCUAUCAUGCUCAAUAACUUGUUCAACGGCAGUGCUGGCUUUGCAUGGGGCGUGAGGGCAGCUGGUUUCAUCGACCUCGGACUCCUUGUGACCGCAAACUUGGUCAUGAAAACUCGUCUACCGAGUCGGAGGGAGCGUCCGGAUGCGAAACCAGUUGAUAUCAAGGCAAUACUGACUGACUUUGGAUACUGGCUGUGUGUCAUUGGUGCCACAUUGACAUUCUGGGGCCUGUUUGUACCAUUCUUCUACCUCCAAGUCUUUUCAGAGCACCACGGACUUUCGAAGACCAUCGGGUUUUACGCGAUACCCAUCAUGAAUGCCUCUUCAGUCUUUGGAAGGACGAUCCCGAACUUCUUGGGUGACGUCGUUGGGCCCUUUAAUGUGAUGAUUCCAUGCACUAUCAUAUCCGGAGGAUUGCUGUUCCUCAUGUUCGCGGCUACUAACCUUGGCGGUACUAUUGCCUUUGGUAUCUUGUAUGGGUUCUUCUCUGGUGGUUUCAUAUCCCUCAUCACUCCUGCUGCUGCAUCGUUUUCGCGAGACCUUAAUGAAAUAGGCACUCGGAUAGGAAUCACUUCCUUUGUCAUUUCCUUUGCACUCCUCACGGGUAAUCCGAUCGCUGGUGCAUUGGUGCUAGUCAACGGCUAUUAUGUGUGGUACAAACCACUCGUCUUUGCAUCUGUCGUCGUGCUAGCAGGUGCCGCCUGCCUCACCGCUUCCCGCCACAUCCUCUCCAAGCGCAAAGGCACCACAAAGCUAUGAAUAACGAUCCCCAAACGAGCACGAGCUUCCACGACGUACACCAUUUAAACAACCAUAAGUAUAUCUGAACCGCUAAACCAGACGCCCGACUUGUAUCAUACGCGCCCGCCAAGACGAUGACUUUUUUUUACGAAACCCUUUCUCAUUCUUGUCUAUAUUUUCCACAGCGAGCCGUAAUUGCUUAGGAUGGGGGGUGAUAAAGGGGCGAUGUUGGAGAUCCCGCUAUCACGAAUCGCUAUCUAUCUCUUGUCCUACAUUCGAUGAUCUUAAUUCUAUGCCCUUGGCAUGCGCACCAUAGCCAUCCA